AAAAAAUCUCACUCACAGAGCCGAUACAUACAUAAAUUCUCUACAGUGCAGCAAUUAGGUUAGGUUUCAUAUAAAUUCUCUCCUUUCGUAGCAGUUGGGUUUCUGCUCUGCGUCUACCAUCAAUGGGGAAGGGAACAGGGAGUUUCGGUAAGAGGAGGAACAAGACCCACACCCUCUGUGUCAGAUGCGGACGUCGCAGCUUUCACCUCCAGAAGAGUCGCUGUGCUGCGUGUGCUUUCCCAGCAGCACGCACUAGAAAAUAUAACUGGAGCGUCAAGGCCAUUAGGAGAAAGACCACUGGAACUGGAAGAAUGAGGUACCUGCGUCACGUGCCUCGCAGAUUCAAGAGCGGCUUCAGAGAGGGUACCGAAGCUGCACCCAGGAAGAGAGGAACAGCUACCACUGCCUAAGCUGUCGAAAGUAGCAAUUUUUUUGGAUCAAUGAAUUGUAGGAGUUUAGGCUUCUGUGCCCUGUGAAACAAUUUUUUUUUUUUCUGUGGUUUUGAUCUCAUUUGAUAUAUAUGGGCUUGUAUUUCAAUUUGAGUAUGGUAAGGUGUUUUGAUUUGAUAGUGUUUUACGUCUAUACUUUAGUUUUCAAUUCAGACCUUAAUUUUGGAUUAAUUGUUGGCAAUGAAUUAUUUUAUGUUUA